AUGCCCACCUACCUCACCCGCGAGAACGCCCCCGUCUACUCGCCAAAUUCCGACUUUCUGGACCUCGACCCAAACAACACGCUAUAUCUGUCUGGCCACAAGCACCCAAUUGACGGGCUCUCCCAUACUUUACCCCUUCGCCCAUCGCGCUCAAACAAUCUCCAUGAUAGCUUCGACGAAAGCUCAACCUCAUCAACCCACGCCUCAGACGUCUCUGAUUCCAUCCCCACUCAGAUGAAUGGGACGAGGCCGACUAGCAUGAGCUCGCUGCCCAACGGCUCGGCAGGGGCCGGAGGAGGCCCAGACUUUGAUUAUCACGACCACGACUCUCAUCACCACGACCAGUACCACGAUUACAAGAAUCAAAAGCACCCUCUACAAAAUGGACACACCGUUACCAUGCCCGACCGGACAGCUCCGCCGCCCCCUAUCACUAUCAUCAAGAAGCCAUCUUCCGAUACCGAGCAAUCGAGUCCGACGGAUAACUACCUCACGCCGCCUUCAAUUGGAUCGCCUGCGGCCGGAUCCAUCGAUCAUACUAUAAAAACAAACGGGACCAGCAGUCCCAAUUACGCACCUCCAGCAAUACCCUCCCAAGGCAAACUUGCCAACGGCCACACAACGCCCGUGCCAGCAGCCAGCAACGCGUCGCUGUCCCCAGAUCCCAUCGCCAAUAACCAACCGGCAUCACCGCAACGCUUCUCUUCUCCACCGCUUUAUCAAUCUGGCGGCGCUACCCCCAACGGAUCAACAUCAACGGGGCUGCAACCGCCAAACGGCGGACUGAAGCAUCGACAUACGCUCGAAGUUCCCGGUACCCAAUCCAACCGCGCCUCCAAGGAUGGCUCCGACACGGGUUUCUCCAGCGGUCGCUUCUCUCCCACAAGCACCACGCAAAGAGUGCGUAGGGCGUCCCUUAAUCUGGUGCGGAGAGAUACCCGCUCCAUGCAGUCCGAUGUACCGCGUGACGAAGUGGUGCCCGACGAAGAAGCCCUGCGUUGGGCCGAGCAUUAUCGGCAAAAGCGGGCGAGCAAGAGGAAGAGAAAGGAAGAGGAGGAUGACGAUAGAGUCUUGGUCGGCACAAAGGUCGACGAACAUCACACCAACUGGGUCACCGCCUACAACAUGUUGACGGGCAUCCGUGUUUCUGUGUCCCGCACGAACGCGAAGCUCGACCGGCCCCUUACGGAUGCCGACUUUGAGGCGAAGCAGAAGUCGACUUUUGACAUUGCCGGCAAUGAGUUGGUGCCCUCGGCGAAGUACGAUUUCAAAUUUAAGGAUUAUGCGCCUUGGGUAUUCCGACAUCUACGCGGCCUGUUUCGCUUGGACCCCGCAGACUACCUCAUGUCUCUGACGGGCAAGUAUAUCCUGUCUGAACUGGGUUCCCCUGGAAAGAGUGGUAGCUUCUUCUACUUCUCCAGAGACUACAAGUACAUCAUCAAGACCAUCCAUCACGCCGAGCACAAGUUCCUCCGCAAGGUCCUCAAGGAUUAUUACCACCACGUCACCGAAAACCCGAAUACGCUGCUCUCUCAGUUCUACGGUCUCCACCGAGUCAAGAUGCCCUACGGAAAGAAGAUUCACUUCGUAGUGAUGAACAACCUCUUCCCUCCCCACCGGGACAUCCACACAACUUUCGACUUGAAGGGAUCUACGAUUGGCCGCGACUAUAAGGAAGACGACCUGGACAAGAACCCUCGGGCGACGCUGAAGGACCUCAACUGGAUGCGCAGACAGCGAAAUCUCGAGCUCGGCAUCCAGAAAAAGAAGCUUUUCCUGGAGCAGCUGCAAAAGGACGUGGUCUUGAUGAAGAAGCUCAAAAUCAUGGACUAUUCUUUGUUGAUUGGUAUCCACGAUUUGCAGCGUGGAAACGAUGAAAAUCUCCGUGGAAAGACGCUUCAGGUCUUCAACCCCGGCGGCGAGCAAGAAGAUGGUGAGCCGCCAUCGGUUCUGUUGCGAACACCUUCCAAACUGGAGAAUGCUCGCAAGGCACGGGAGCUGCGCAACAUGAUCAGGCACGAGCGGCCAGUGCCCAUGGGCCAGACUGCAGCUCAAAUGCCAGAUGAGCUUGAUGAGGGACACAGCAGGUCGGGAUACAUCUUCAACCAGGACGAUGGUGGAUUCCAGGCGACCCACGAGGACAACUCUCCAGCCGACGAGAUCUACUACCUGGGUGUCAUUGACUGCCUGACUCACUACGGAAUGAUCAAAAAGAUUGAGCACUUCUGGAAGGGAUUGACAAGCGACAAGACCAAGAUUUCCGCUCUGCCCCCUGAACAGUACGGCGACCGAUUCUACAACUUCGUCGAGGGUAUAACGAUGUCCCCCGAAGAGGCGAUUAGGGAGAAGAUUCGGAAGGACCAGGAGCAGAUCGAGGCCGCCGCGGCUGCGGAGAGACAGCGCGUUGCUAGUUGGAGCUCGAGUAUGCGCCGGCGGUCGGGGACGAACAACAUUCCCCCGAUGCCCGACUACCGGCCUCCGCCAACCCCACCUAGCGCUCCAAUGUCACCCGAAGCACGCGAAACCGUCGAGCGAGCCCAGCAAGAUGCCCGAAGGUCCGAGAGACACGGCGCCUCCGAGCUCAACGUUCCGGACGUCGUUCUAUCGACCACCAAGAUGAACGAACGACGAGAAUCGGGUGGCCAAGGGGCUCCUAUCCUGCCUGUAGUCGAAGAGGCAGGAGAGGCUUCGUCGCUAGGGGGCAGAAGCAGAGACGGGGCAGCGAGUCGGGAUGGGGAUGACUAUCGGCCGGCUACACCGGCCAAGCCUGGUAUGGAGAGUAGAUUCGCGGGACUCAGGGACUACGCGCCGCCGACGCCGCCGAAAGGCCAUCAUCUCAAGCCCGAAAGCCAAGACAGCGGCUACGGGGCGCUGCCGAACGGGAACGGUUCCGCGAUGAGCAGAGAAGACUCUCUUAACAUCAAGCCUCGCCUUAGUAAGGACUCUCUCGACAAGGCCUUGCCCCCGCUACCAAAGGAGGCGGGCGGGCAGAGCAGCUUCCGCAUGGGCCUUGCUUAG